AUGAUAAUUAUUGUUCCUUUUAUAUUUUUUAAUUUAAUAUUUACCUCUGAUAUGAUGUAUGAAUAUAUUGAAAAUACCAAAGUACCUAUUUUUGUUAAAUUAUUUUUUGGGAAAAGUAUUUUUAUUGAAGAUAUAUUUUAUUAUGUUGGUAUGAUUAUGAAAGAAAUGAUGGAAGGGCAAAAUAUAAGAGAAGAGGAAGUAGCUGAAUUAUUAAAAGAUAGAUUAGAUUUAUAUAUAGAUAAUGAAGAUGAAUGGGAGAAGUUAAUGGAAAAUGAAAUUAGCAUGUUAUUAAAGUCUUCAUUUUCUAAUUUUAUAUUAGAAUCUAUAGGAUGGACAUAUGAGAAUGUUUCUAAUAUUUUUUUAGAAGAAAAAGCAAAUUCUGGUAUAAAUAAAAAAGAUAUAUAUUUAAAAGAAGCUAAUGAGAGAAUGAUUAGAAAUUCAAUUGUUUUGAGACAAUGUAAAAGUCGUUUUAUAUCUAUAAUAACAAAUUAUUAUCCUUUUAAAGAACAAAAUAAUCCUUUUAUAAAGCAGGCACAAUAUGUAUCCUCAUCUAAUUAUGUAUUGGAUGAUAUAAUAAAUAAUAUAGACUAUAGUAUAGAUAAUAUACAUAGAGCCAUAGAUAAUUUAUACUAUGAACAUAUAUUAAAUUUAUUAGAGGAAGAAAAAAAUGAAAUACUAGAAGAAAUAUUAAGGAAUAUUCUAAAAAUUAUUUUGUGUGAUGUUGAAACAACGGUAAGAAGAUCAGCACAAAAAGUAUUACAAAAUGCAGAAGGAGAUACAAAUUUGAUGCUUAAAAGAGCUAAAGGAUUACAAUCAUUGGGUAAAAUGAUAUUACAGAAGGUUAAUUGA